GAAGCCUCUUUCUCCUCAGUGUGCUUCGUCUCCGCGUCCGAGAUGACUGGCGAGCAGGGGUGCUGCCAGAUGCGGGGCAGUGAAUCUGAUGGUACCUCUCAGGAUGACAAAGGUAAUGACAGUUCCAGCAGUGACUCAGAAAGCUCUGAAAGUGAGUCUGAGACAGAUGAGGCAAGUGUAAAUGAACCACCUGAGAAACAAGAAGGGAAAGAGUUGCAGAUAUAUUGUGACAAAUCAGAAGUUAACAUCCAGCAAUGCUGUAAACACUGCACGAUACAAGAAAAGCAACACGAACAAGUCACUCCCAGAAGAUUUUCGAAAGGACAAUUUUGCUUGAAGCUGGAUGGUGAAGGAACUUAUGAAUGUACAGCAACAGGAUUAAUUUUUGAAGUAACCCAACCUGUUACCAUUGAAUAUUCAGUUUUGUCUUGGAGCAAAUAUGCUGCUUAUGUUAAAGAUCCUUGGAUUGUGGUGGGCCCUAUAUUUGAUAUCAAAUGUACAUCCUCCGUUCUUACUUCCAUUCAGUUUCCACACACCCUCUGCCUGAAUGAUCAUUCGUCUGAGAAGCCCUUCAAAGUAUUCCAUUUCAAAAAGAAUGGUCCGGAAUUUGAAUGUUCCAUUGAUCACUCAACCACACAUGUCAAGUGGCAUGUGAGCUCACUAUCUCCAGUUGGGCCAGUAAUUGAGAGAUAUGAUCCAGUAUAUUAUCAUGGAGUAGUCAUUUUAUAUAAAGUUAUCAAUGAUCAUCCUUCCUUGAAAUUCCGUGUGUAUAUAGCUACAAAUAACAAUUCAUUUAUAAAGGAUAUAUCCAAAACUGUAAGACGAUCUCUUAAUAAAUUCAUUAAAAUUGAAAAACCUCCUUGUCAUAAAUUACUGCAAAAUGGAAAGAAAUACAGAUUAAUUAGUGAUCCAGAAGCUGACAUAACCCCUGAGGAAAUUCAGUUUGGAGAUGACUCCACCCUGGCAGAGAAACCUUUCUUUGAGGUAUAUUUAGAACAGCCAAUGGAACUUAUGUUAUCUUUGGUGAAUGUGGAGUCUGAAGAAGUUGUGUGGAAGGCAAAGCUAAGAGAAUGUGACUGGACCCUACAUAACCAGAAUGAUAAUAAGCAGAAAAAAUCCCUUAACUAUCUUGGGAAACGAAAAUCUAGCACCAAUCUUACAGAUGGACUUUGCAAUAAGCAACAAAGGAUAGAAGACACUUCAGAUGGGAUGAAAAGUAACCACCUGUUAACUGAUCAGCAGCUGAUGAUUCUUGCAAAAAAAAUGGGUAAAGACUGGAAAGUCAUAGGUAUUGGAUCCCUGAAGUUGUCCAUUGAAGAUAUCCAACAGAUCGAGGCAAAGGAAGAAGAUGUUAAUAUGUAUAAAUGUAUGAUGCUGCGGAAAUGGAGAGAUUCUGAACAGAAUAAUGGAACAGCACACAGUUUAUAUGAAUGUCUUAAUGGCCAGGUGUCCCAUGAGGUGCUAGAAAUUCUGCAAGGUUUUUUACAGCAAACAUGAGAUCAUGUGGAAACAACUUGAAAAACAGAAAUAUUGGGAAUAUUCUUCUGUAAAUUUUCCAGUUGCCUAAAAGGAAUUUGUUGUGAACUUAACAACACUUUAAAACUAGAAAAGAAAAUGAUAAACCAAUUAUUGAAACUCAGGGUUAAAUAUACUUUGGGAAGGAAGCAAAGUGAGUGGAAUUGUGAACUUCUGCAAAGGUUUUUCCCCUGCUUUUUACUCACGGCUUCCCAGAGACAUUUCCACAAUCAGCCUUCACACCCAGUAUAACUGAUGCUUUCCCAAAAUGUUUUCAGGUCUUUUUGUUUGGAUUAUUCGGGAACUUCACUUUCUGCCUUUGUUUUCCACACAUGUAUGAUAAUCAUCAACCUGGCAUGGUGUUGUAAAGGCACUUUCUCACUAUAUGUGCCUCAAAAUGGAAACAUUCAACCUUUACAGGUACCCUCAAAUGUUCUCAUUCUGGAUUCUAUCCCUAUAGUAGCAUUCUUGCUGCAGAGCUUUUUCCAGAUGCCAUACUUAGAAAUGAGAUUUGUAGUUCCUUGAGACACGUUUGGUUUCAGAUUGUGUAAUAAACAAAACUUGGGGUUCCUCAGAAGUUUAUUAGGAAUUCCUCAGUGAGACAAGUAAUAAUGAAAGGUUUGUUUCUUGGAAGAUAUUAUGAUUAUCUUCACUAUUCUUCUGCAAGAUGCAGCUGAAGGGUAUGUUGGAUACAUUCUACUUUUUGUGUGACAUUUAAGACAACAAUCAACCUCAUUCCUUGGUUUUUAUUUAGAAGGCUGGUAAAAUAUUGUGUAGAAAUCCCCUGCUUUCUCCCUCAAAAGCAUAUUAAAGCAAUUCACACAUUUUCUAUGAAGAAAACUGACCUUCAGGGGAUUUGUAUAUGCAAUUAUACAAAUUUGCAUAAAUAUCUCUUUUAAAUGGCAAUCUGGUUUUAGUGGGAGGUGAGAUACAUUAAUGAAACCCAGUUGUUAAAAUACUGGAAAUACUUAGCCAUUAUUUCUCUUAAAAAUGUUAGUUGGUUCCCCAUUUUGUAAUUUUGUGAGUGUCAUGUGCACUCUUAACAGAAUGGGUGCCAUGCUAAACAUAGACAGAUUGAAACUCGCCCCCAUUUUCAAGAAGACAAACUGCUGAGACUAGGCUAAAAUAAAAAUGAUUUGCCCAAGGAACUAAAAAACAAGGUGCAGGUGAAGUCUGAACUAACCCAAAAUCACUCUUUUUAAGCCCACAGAUUUCUAUUUCAACUCCCAUUUUACAGUGAUUUCUCUGAUGAUGCUCAGAGAAAACUGGGUUAGGCAAGAAACUGAAGACAAGCAAUGUGGUUUGAGGUCUGAGUGUCACUGUUUUUAUAAACCACAGUGAAAUAUGAAAUGUAAAAAAUAGAGAAGCAAAUGCCUGUGCAAAAAGAGUGAAUAACCCUAUUACUUACCUCCUUUUUUAAUCUGAGUAGUCACCAUGACACCCAUUUUUUGCUUUUCCUGGAUGGCCAAGUAUACUUAAAUGAACUGUUAUUAAGGUAGCCAAAGCUGGACUGCAAAAUUUCAGGAACUAAUAAAAGGAUGCAAAGAGAGACCGAAAAGGCUAGCUCUCUGCUGACAUGUAGUGGUUGUCAGGAGUUUUGCAGCCUAGAUACACUAACCUAAGCCCUUGCGCUAUAAUUGCACAGCACUUUUAUAUUAAAACAGUAGCUUUGGAUAUAAAAAUACUACCAGAGAUUGACCCUUCAUUUUCCAUCAUGCCAGUCUGCCUUUGUCUAUUUUAAAGUUUUUGACAAAAAUCAGGAAUUCUAGGACUUGGCCUAGAACACUAUGUUGGAAAUCCUAGGCAUGUCUGAAUGAAUAUGAGGAUGAAAAAUUAUGUGAAAGUGGACAAUUUGCACUCAUUAAUCCUCUGCAUUUUUACAAAUACUUUUGGAGAAUUAUUGUAUCUGUACAUUUUGCUAUUUAUUUAGAUAACUGUUUUCAAAAGUUUUCUUGUACUAGUGGAUAGAUUUGAUGAUACAAUAGAUCACACCAAGUAAUGUAGGCAAAUACUCUCAAUGAAACUUUGGUCCUCAAAAUUAAUCCUGCAGUCAUAAAGGCAUACUUUGCCAUGUAAAACUGGCAUAGAAUUCCAUAAAGUACCUCUGAUGUUCUAAAAAAUCUCUUUUUUUAAUAUAGCAUUGGAUUCAAUUUGUAAUUGUGGAUAGCAUGUACAGACUAGUCCUUAAAUGUCAUACAUUUCUUGUGAUAAGCAUCUAUCCUGUACAGAGAUACC